AUGUCUGAGGUCCUGACGGUGGACGCCAUCCUCUUCGGUCUGCUGGUGUUCUCCGGCAUUUUAGGAAACAUUCUGGUCAUCAGUGUGGUGUUCCAGUGCGCUAAAGAAAGCGCCUCCCGCCACCUGCCGCCGUCAGACACCAUCCUGGUGAACCUGUGCAUGGCCAACCUGCUGACGUCGGUCUUCCGGACGGUGCCCAUCUUCGUGUCGGAUCUGGGUCUGGAGGUGUCGCUGUCGCCGGGCUGGUGCCGCGUCUUCAUGCUGCUGUGGGUGUGGUGGCGCGCGGUGGGCUGCUGGGUGACUCUGGCCCUCAGCGCCUUCCACUGCGUCACCCUGCGGAGGCAGCACGUCACCAUAGGUCCGCUGGGACAUCAGCGCGAGCGCCGGCGCGUCUGGGGCGUCCUGGCCGCCGUGUGGGCCUUUAACCUGCUGUUCUCUCUCCCGGCGCUGGUGUUCACGACUCACGUGCGCGGAAACGCCACGGUGGAGCUGAUGGUGAUCAGCUGCACGACUCGCCCGCUGCUGGGCUGUGUUUGGGAGUUUCCCACCGACCAGCAGGGCUACGCGUUCGCCUCCACGUCGCUGGCGCUCAACGAGGUCAUGCCGCUGAUUCUGAUGCUUGGGACUAAUCUCGCGACGCUGCACUCGCUGGCCAAACACAUCCGGGCGGUUACGGCGGGCGGCGGCGGCGCGGUGGAGCUGGACCGGCACGUGUCCAGCGAAAGGAAGGCGGGUCACGUGAUCAUGGCUCUGGUCGCGCUGUUCGUCGGCUGCUGGGUGCUGCAGGUCGCCGCGGUCACGUACUACAACCACAACGGCGGGAAGCAUGCGGAGGGCCUGCUGACCGUCGCGCACUUCUCGGCAUCGCUCUUCGUAGGGUUCAGUCCGCUGGUGGUGACGUUCGGACACGGGAAACUGCGCCGGAGAAUCAGCGUGAUGAUGCAGCGCUGGACGCACUGGAGCAAACACCCGCGAGCGGACGCCACCGCGCAGAAAGACACGUCCGGCGUGAAAACUGUACAGAGCGGGAAAACGUGACUCACAUGUGCCGAAAGGUUCAGAACACGUGUGCAAAUUUAGAACUGAUCGCAAUUUGUGAUGCAUUUUACUUUUCAGGAUUCACAGAUGAAUAGAAAGUUUGAAAGAACAGCAUUUAUUUGUAACAUUAUAAAUGUCUUUACUGUCACUUUUGAUGAAUUUAAUGUGUC